GACCUGUUUCUAGUCGAAAAUGGCUUGGCUUAACAUGCAAAUUGUGUUCAAGAUCAUGGCACAAAACCUGCUUCAUGAAGAAUGAGAAAUCGAUGGAUGUUACAUUUUCCAGUUCUGAAGAAAGCAGUUCUGAUGAAGAGUAUACUCCUCACGCUGAAAACAGCAUUGAUGAAUCCUCUGAUGAAUUCAUCCCAGAUUCAAGACAAAACAGCGACAGUCUAACUAUCAAUACAAGGAAUCCACCAUAUUGUAAGACCACUCAACUAUUUUCAGAGUCUAAGAAGGCAGAGAGUGUGUCUCAACCCACUCACUGUUCAUCCACUGAGCAAGAUAUGGUUAGUGACAAAUCCAGCUCUGCUCAAGAUCUCGUAUGUAAUGAUCACGACACUACCACAAGGAAUAUGGAGAUGCUUCAGAGUUUUAAGAAAACACCAAAAGAGUCUUGUGAUAAACAGUCAAACCUCAAAGACACUUUUUCCACCCACAAAAAUUACUGUUAUGUGUGCAAGAAACCUCAGUCUAAAAUUGCCCGUCACUUUAAAAAGCAUGAAGACAGUGAAACGGAAAUUGCGGCUGCAUUUCUGCUUCCUAAACACUCCAAGGACAGAAAAAGGUUACUUGAGAAGCUUCGAAACAGAGGCAACUAUGAACAUAAUCAAGAGGUUAUGGCGAAUAAGAGUGGACCACUGAAGGUUAGAAGACGACCAGUAAGAUCCGAGAUCGAAUUGAGUACCAAAACAUACGUGCACUGCAUAUACUGUAAAGGCCUGUUUGUUCGCAAGGAGUUGUGGCGCCAUACACGGAGAUGUUCUUCAAAGAUUUGUUCCGAGUCUGAAGCAACUGGUAAGGCUAAAGUUCUAGUUUUGGCUGAUAUUGCAGAGUCAACAUUCUCUCAAGCAAUCUCUCCUGAAGUGUGGAAAAUCUUGGGAAAUAUGAAGAAUGAUGACAUUUCAUCUGUUGUUCGAAAUGAUUUUCUCAUACUGCAGUUGAGUCAGAGUCUUUACAACAAACAUGGAAGUGAUCCAACAAAAUUUGAAUACAUCAGACAGAAGGUACGGGAAGUGGGCAGACUCUUGCUAAGCAUGAAAAAAAAAUUCUCCAUACUUAGCUUUGAAGAUGCUUUGAAGCCAAACAAUUUUUACAAAGUCAUUGAGGCCGUGAAAGAUGUUGCUGGUUAUGAAGAAAAGAGCCACUCAUAUAAGACACCAAGUCUUGCGCUAAAGUUAGGACAUUCACUUAACAAAAUUGCUGACAUCAUUCUCUGCAGGGCCAUCGCAGGAGAGGAUGAUGCUCUGACGAAAGCAGCAGAGCGAUUCAAAAGACUUUGCUCAAGUGAAUGGGCAGAACAUGUCUCCCAUGCUGCUCUUGCUACUUUAAGCAAAUCAAAGUUCAACAAACCAUCUACCAUACCAUUCACACAUGAUGUGCAGCUUCUCCACCAGUGCCUAGAGAAGAAAUCAGCUGAUGCUUUUGAAAACCUGAAAAACCAAGAGUCUUCACAGGCAUACGCAGAACUCGCCAAAGUGACACUGGCACAAGUAAUCAUCUUUAACCGGCGUCGUGCAGGAGAAGUUUCAAAAAUGACACUUGAGUGUUUUAUGAAAAGAGACCAAACUGAGCUCCACGAGGACAUAGCUCUUGGUCUGUCUCCGUUUGAGCAAAAAAUGUCCAAGCAUUUUAGCAGAGUAGAAAUAAUGGGCAAAAAAGGGAGAAAAGUUGCUGUUCUGCUAAGCCCUGAUCUUGUUGGAGCAAUACAACUUCUUGUGGACAAGAGAGAUUCAUGUGAAGUAGAUGGGGACAACCCCUUUCUAUUUGCAAGACCAAAGUGUUCAGCCACCAGUUUCUUCAGGGGACAAGACUGCAUCAGGCUUUUUGCAAAUCAGUGUGGUGCCCAGAACGCUGAAUAUCUCAGAUCUACACAACUUCGUAAGCAGGUUGCAACAAUGUCCCAGAUUCUUAAUCUUAAGGAUAAUGAGCUGGAUCAGCUUGCCAACUUUUUGGGCCAUGACAUUCGGGUCCAUAGAGACUAUUAUCGGUUGCCAGAUGCAACUAUAGAAAUUGCAAAAAUCUCAAAGCUGCUUCUGGCAAUGGAGAAAGGAACCCUUGCAAGUUUCCAAGGAAAGUCUCUUAGUGAAAUUGAGAUUGAAGAUGAAAUUGAUCCUGAAUUAGACGACGAAGAAGAAAGUGAUGAAGACGGCGAAGAAUCGGAUUCUCUCCAUAGAGUAAAUGGAAACAAAAAGAGGGUGGACCAUGUAAAGUCGACCCAGGAUGAGGAGAUUGAAAGUUCCAACGGAAAACAAAAAAUGUCCCCCAAUGAACCAGUCAGCUCCACAGGAAAACGAAAAAUGCCCCCAAAUGAGCCUGUCAGCUCCACAGGAAAACGAAAAAUGCCCCCAAAUGACCCUGUCAGCUCCACAGAUGCCAAAUCAAGGAGAAUUGUGAAAAGGCCAUGGACUGCUAAUGAAGUGAAUGCCGUUAUGAAACAUUUUAAAGUCCAUAUUUCAAAGGGACAUCUCGCAACAAAGGCAGAGUGUGAGCAGUGCAAGGCUGCAGAGGACCCUGUGCUAGCAGAAAGAACUGUACAAAACAUAAGGGAUUUCGUGAGGAACCGAGGUUUGAUGUUGAAAAAAAAUAGUUCUUAGAAAGAUCAUGGUCACCUUCUUUUAAGGUUUGUGGCUUUUGUUACUGUAAGUUUACAAGUUAAAUGACUGGCUGACUAUUGUUCUCUUGUUAAAACUUUAAAAUCUCUCAUUUCCAUAGUUAAACCCAGAUCGUCCUUACAAUACUAGGUCGUUAUUUACAUACACACACCUAACUAACACCCAAUUGAGAAGAAGAUUUGGGUUAGCUAGAUAUCAUUCACAUACACGCACCUCGGAAACACUUAAUUCCGGUCCAUGUUAAACCAAAAUUGUCCUCAUAAUCAGGUAUUACUUAGGUGUGUGUGUAUGUACGUGGUUGAUGUCCAGUUAAACCCAAAUUGUCCUCACAAUUAGGUGUUACUAAGGUGUGUGUGUGUAUGUGAUUGUCCAUGUAAACCCGAAUUGUCCUCACAAUUAAGUGUUACUAAGUUGUGUGUGUGUGUGUGUGUGUAUGUGAAUGAUGUCCAGGUAAACCCAAAUUGUCCUCACAAUUAAGUGUUACUAAGGUGUGUGUGUAUAUGUGAUUGUCCAUGUAAACCCGAAUUGUCCUCACAAUUAAGCGUUACUGAGGUGUGUGUUUGUGUAUGUGAUUCAUGUCCAGGUAAAUCCAAAUUGUCCUCACAAUUAAGCGUUA